AUUUCUCUCUUUCUCUUCCAUUUUUCUAUCUAUAAUGACUUUGAAUCAAUUUGUUCAUAAAAGUCAACAUCCUAUUGUAGCUACAAAGUUAUCUCAAUUAAGAGAUAAAGAUCAAAGUUCUAAAACUGUACGAGAGUUAACCCACGACCUUUCGCUCUUAUUGGGUUAUGAAGCAUCAUUCAACAUUGAAUUAAAACAAGGUCCACAGUUAUUUAGUGGUUAUGGUACUUAUUCAUCUAUGGAAAUAAGACAAAAAGUAGGCUUAGUUCCUGUUCUUAGAUCUGGAUUAAGCUUUGUAGAAGGAUUUUUGAACUUAUUUCCUGAAGCACCAGUGUAUCAUUUGGGUAUUUAUCGUGAAAAGAUAUCACAUCAGCCAGUAGAAUAUUAUAAUAAUUUACCUGAUAAGCCUGAUAUUGAUAUAUGUUAUGUAUUGGAUCCUGUCAUCGCAACUGGUAAUACAGCAGUUGCUACUGUUAAUAUGUUGAAGGAUUGGGGAUUAUUAGGAUCUCAAAUUAAAUUUGUUACUAUGGUUGCUUCUGAACAAGGACUUGCUCAACUUCAAAAAGAACAUGAUGAUAUUCAUAUUUAUCUUGCAGCUAUUGAUAAAGCACUUGAUUCAAAUGGCUAUAUUAAUCCUGGUAUUGGUGAUUCUGGAAACAGGCUUUGGAAUACAAUUUAAGAUAAGAAUUUAUAUACAUGUACAAGUAAAAGAAAAGGCGUGUAUUCAUAAGAG